AUGUUCGCUGUGUCAUAUGCAGCUCCGAUCAAUGCAGCUGUACCGCAUGGAGCUUUGGUCACUGUUGCUGUACUGCAUGAAACUUUGGUCACUGUAGCUGUACCGCAUGAAGCCUUGAUCACUGCAGGUGUAACGCAUGCAGUUUUGAUCACUUUGGCUGUACCACAUGAGGCAUUGGUCACUGUUGCUGAACCGUAUGUAGCUUUGGUGAACAUCGGUGUACCGCAUGAAGCUUUGGUCAAUGUUGCUGUAUCACAUGAAGUUUUGGUCAUUAUAGCUGUACCAUACAAUGUUUUGGCCACUGUAGUCGUAACACAUAAAUCUUUCGUCAUUGCAGCUGUACCGUUUGAAGCUUUAGUCACUGAAGUUAUACCUCAGGAAGUCACUGUACCUGCAUCGUAUGAAGCUUUGGUCACUGUAGCUGUGUCGUUUGAAACUUUAGUCACUGCAACUGUACCACACGAAGUUUCGAUCAAAGUAGCUGUAUUGCAUGAAGUUCCGGUCACUGUACCUGCACCAUAUGAAGCUUUGGUCACUGUAGCUGUUCCAUAUAAAGUACCGGCCACUGUAGCUGUAGAGUAUGUAGCUCCAGUAGCACUAGCUGUUCCUCAUGAAGCUGUGGUCACCGUAGCUGCUCCUCAUGAAGCUGUUGCCACCGUAGCUGCUCCUCAUGAAGCUGUUGUCACCGUAGCUGCUCUUCAUGAAGCUGUGGUCACCGUAGCUGCUCCUCAUGAAGCUGUGGUCAUCGUAGCUGCUCCACAUGAAGCUGUUGUCACCGUAGAUGCUCCUCAUGAAGCUGUUGUCACCGUAGCUGCUCCUCAUGAAGCUGUGAUCACCGUAGCUGUUCCACAUGAAGCUGUGAUCACCGUAGCUGCUCCUCAUGAAGCUGCUGUCACCGUAGCUGCUCCUCAUGAAGCUGUGGUCACCGUAGCUGUUCCAAAUGAAGCUGUUGUCACCGUAGCUGCUCCUCAUGAAGCUGUGGUCACCGUAGCUGUUCCUCAUGAAGCUGUUGUCACCGUAGAUGCUCCUCAUGAAGCUGUGGUCACCGUAGCUGCUCCUCAUGAAGCUAUGGUCACCGUAGCUGCUCCACAUGAAGCUGUGCUCACCGUAGCUGCUCCUCAUGAAGCUGUUGUCACCGUAGCUGCUCCUCAUGACGCUGUGGUCACCGUAGCUGCUCCUCAUGAAGCUGUGGUCACCGUAGCUGCUCCUCAUGAAGCUAUGGUCACCGUAGCUGCUCCACAUGAAGCUGUGGUCACCGUAGCUGCUCGUGUAUUGUGGUAA